UAAAGUGGUGGUUUGGGAUUCUCGGAGCUCUCGCUCUGAACAACUAACUGGUUCAGUUACUUGAGCCCUCGGCCAGCUCGGACGCCGGGCCAGGGGGCGGCCACCGCGCGGAGAGCUCUCGGCGGCCGCGAGAUCCCACGGGUGGGGCUGGUUUCUGAGCGAGGGCCAGCUGCCCACCCCGUGGAGGCCCCACAUCUCUGGCUAGCCGGCGAGAAAGCCCCUCCUCCCGGGCGGAGACAGCUUCAAGAAGUCGACGCCCGCGUCCUGCCGCGGGGCUGGUACCCAGAGGCCGCCGCCGCCUCGCCGAGUUCUUGUGGCUGCCCGGGCGCGGAGUAUGGGACUCUGAUGGCCAUGGACGGCUACAGGGGCUUCCUGGGGCUGCUGGUGUCGGGGCUACUCGUCGGCUUCCUGUCCGUGAUCUUCACCCUCGUCUGGGUCCUCCACUACCGGGAGGGGCUCGGCUGGGAUGGGACCGCGCUCGAGUUUAACUGGCACCCGGUGCUUGUGGUCACUGGCUUCGUCUUCAUCCAGGGCAUCGCCAUCAUCGUAUACAGACUGCCAUGGACCUGGAAAUGCAGCAAGUUCCUGAUGAAAUCCAUCCAUGCGGGGUUAAACACCGUUGCUGCCAUUCUUGCAAUAAUUUCUCUGGUGGCCGUUUUUGAUUACCACAAUGCCAGGAGUAUCCCCAAUAUGUACAGCCUGCACAGCUGGAUUGGACUCAUAGCUGUCAUACUCUACAUGUUACAGCUUCUCCUAGGUUUUUUAAUCUUUCUGCUUCCUUGGGCUCCACCUUCUCUCCGAGCACUUGUCAUGCCCAUUCACGUUUACUCUGGACUUCUCAUCUUUGGAACAGUGAUUGCAACAGCACUUAUGGGAGUGACUGAAAAACUGAUUUUUGCCCUGAAAGAUCCUGCAUACCAUUCAUUCCCACCAGAAGGUGUUUUCACAAAUACCCUUGGCCUUCUGAUUCUGCUGUUUGGGGCCCUCAUUUUUUGGAUAGUCACCAGGCCACAAUGGAAACGUCCUAAUGAACCAAAUUCUAUCCUUCAGCCAAACGGAGGCAAUAAAGAAGAAGUGGAAGGUUCCAUGGCAAUAAACACUGGCAAUGUGGACAAAUCAGAUUCAGAGUUAAACAGUGAAGCCGCAGCAGGGAAAAGAAACUUCACCCUUGAUGAGGCUGGACAGAGAUCCACCAUGUAAAAUGUAGUAGAGAGGUAGCCAUAUAACUUCACUUUUAAAAACUAGCUCUACAGUUUUGCUUCUCCUAUUUAGCCAUAAGAUGAUUGAGCUCCACAGAGUCAAUAUUUAUUUUAAUCAUAAAGUAGGAUUUCUUGAAAGAGUCUGUAUUGAUUGAGGCCUAUGAGUUUACCUGAAUUGGAAAGGAGAUGAUCAAUGUAAAUAAUAGCAGAUAUAAACUGUGGUUAUGUUACCUCUUUUCUUGUUGAGGACCAAAGCAUUUAGCACAGUGCCUUGCAAAGAAUAGAGCUCAAAAUGUGUCUGUUGGUUGGUAAAUUUGAUAAACUGGCAGCAUCCCUGGCCUCUUGUCAUGAAGUCAUUUUAGAACUAGGUAGAACCAGUCCUGAAGUCAGAUCACGAAUAUCUGGGCCAGGGUUUACGCUACGCAGAUGUCAUGACUAGACCACAGAAAAAGUUUUAGGAAAAUAACUGGUUCCCUUCUCCCUGCGCCUACCCUCUGCUCCCUCCCCAGCUGGUCUGGGCUCAGAUUGGCCCUGGAGACCAGGGUUUUUGUCAGGGUAUUUUGGAGCAGUGACUGGGCUGUAGGUAGAGAAGAGAUCUUCUCUGGUCAGACCUGGAAGUUUUUCCAAAACUUGACUUAAUCCCAAGCCUUCCCUGGAGUUUGGUGUAUUUUAUGAUCCAGAUUCCAAACCUAAUUAGAAUGAGAAUAUGCCUGAAUGCUUAAACGGCAACAAACUGCUCUGCAAACCUCAAAGAGCACUUUUUCCCCAAGUUUCUGUUUUUAUUUUAAAAAGUACUUACAUGGCACUUACUAUGUGCAAGACACUGUUCUAAGCACUUUAUAACUAUUAGCUCAUUCAAUCCCCAGAUAAACCUUAGGAAGUAGGUACUAUUAUGAUUUCCAUCUUACAGAUGAGAGAUCUGAAGCUUGGAGAGGUUAGUAACUUGCCCCAAGUUCAUGAGUGGUGGAACUGAGAUUCAAAACCUGGCAGUCUGGCUCCUCAGUCCAUGAUCCUAACCACUUCACUGUGCUAUUUUUUCUGUUUUA